GUUCAGGUGGAAGCAUAGCGAGGCGGGGGAGGAGGGAGGAGGUUGAGAGGGUAGUAGGCUACAACAAAAGUUUGGAAUUUGGUUUCAUGGAGAUUUCUUUUGAAAAGCGAAACACAGAAGACGAAUGAAUCAUCAGAAUUAGAAGCUAAAACUCCACCAAUGCCAUGAUCCUGAAAAUAAAUGCAAGUUAAAUGAAGGCGGGAGUCCGAAUGGAAGCAUGUCCGGGAAGGCAAGCCGUAAGGCGGUAUAAAUGAACUUUAUGUUUUUAUUGUUUACGUAAAAUACAUUAUUCGAUCGUUUGAUUUUGGAGAAAGACGUGUCGAGAGAAGAGAAGAGAAACCACUGGGAACCGAGCUGUCGUUUGUUUUGUCAAGUAUUGUCAUGUGGUGCCUGGCUGUGUAAUGCUGAUGGACCAGGACACACAGUGGCUGUACCAACUCCUGGCAGAGGUCCAGUUAGAGCGGUUCUACCACCGUGUGAGGGACAAUCUGAAUGUGACACGUAUAGAACACUUUGCCUAUGUGAAGGAUGCUGACCUGGAACAGAUCGGCAUUGGGAAACCUGGUCAGAGAAGACUAUGGGAUGCAGUCAAACGGUAUAAGAUUCGACCAAGAUCAUGGAUGCCGAAGAGUGGAGGUGACCAAUGGAGUGGGACAGGGCAGGGACAAGAGACCGGGCGGUCCCUCACCUGUCUUAUCCAGGACACAGAGCUACUCCUGGGGGAAAAACUUGGCUCCGGGUCUUUUGGAGUGGUAUGGAAAGGGGAGUGGCAGACCCCAACUGGACGUGUGCUGCCUGUGGCUGUGAAGUCACUGAGAAGCAGACAGAUGGACACGCUUACAGAUUUUCUCCAGGAGGCAACCACUAUGCAGUCACUGGACCACCCCAACAUUAUCCGUCUUUAUGGAGUGGUGCUCACACAGCCCCUCAAGAUGGUAACAGAGCUGGCACCGCUGGGCUCCCUUUACGACACCUUGCGCUCUCGCCAGAAUGAGUACCCGCUCUCCCGCCUAUGGCUCUUCAGCACGCAGAUUGUGGCAGGAAUGGAGUACCUGGAGGGCCGGCGCUUCAUCCACCGGGACCUGGCAGCGCGGAACGUGCUGCUGGCCUCCCGGGAGCUGGUGAAGAUCGGGGACUUUGGCCUGAUGAGGGGCUUGACCCAGGACACGGACCACUACGUCAUGAACGCACACCGACGCAUCCCUUUUGCUUGGUGUGCCCCUGAAAGUCUGCGUGUAGGCUCCUUCUCCCACGCUUCUGAUGUAUGGAUGUUUGGGGUCACUUUGUGGGAGAUGUUCACUUACUGUAUGGAGCCAUGGCUUGGGAUGUCUGGUCGACAGAUCCUGUUUCGUGUGGAACGAGAAGGGGAGCGUUUGGAGAGGCCGCUGGACUGUCCCCAGGAGCUGUACACUGUGAUGCGCCGGUGCUGGGCCUCCAUCGCUUCUGACCGGCCCUCCUUCUCCCAGCUUACCACCAUGGUGGCAGAGGCCCAGCCAAUGGAGGUUCGUGUCUUGAGGGACUUUUCUGAACCACGGAAACUGACCUUACAGACCAAUGACACUGUGACUGUCAUAGAUCAUGGUCUGGAGCUGUCUGAAUGGAGAGGCCAGAAUCAGAGGACUCUGAGUGUGGGCUUGUUUCCCGCCAGCAUAGCUGCACCCUCGCUUCCAGCCCCUGCUCCUGCCACCGCCACCGCCCCUGGCACCAUUUUCAUCUCAACUCCCUUGAGGAACAGUCUGCAGCACCUCAGUCAUGGAGAUAUCCACCCUGACCGCAGCUGGGGGAUGCCUGGCCGUCUGGACAAGACCACAAACUGGAGGACUGCAGGAGCUCCCAGAGAGAAGGAGAGUUCCAACCUACGGAAAAUGGCAGGCCUUUCUCGAAGUUUGGAGUCAGUUCUUGGUGGAGCCCAGCCUGAGAAUCCAAGUGGAUUAGGCAGGACGGAUAACCGUAGACCUGGUCCUAGACACCCAGCCCACCAGGACCCAAGGCGGUUUAGCGAUGCAAGCUUUGGGCCACCUCCCCGCCCCCCGCCGCCAAAUAUCAAACGGCCUAUACCCCAGGUGCAAAUGCGGGAGCGCAAGCCUGCUGUAAACUUUGGCCUCGGCUCGUGGCCUCCACAGCCACAGCAACAGCAGGCUAUGUGGGUUAGCAACCUGGCCAAGAUGACCCACAUAGCCCGAUCCACACCCCAGCUGGAUGACUCUGGGGAGAAGGGGAAGGACAGGGAGAGGGAGAGAGACCGAGAAAAGGAGAGGGACAGGGAGCGAGAGAGAUACCCACCUCAAGUGCAGAAUGACAGGACAGCAAUGAUUGCACAGGUUCAGGAGGCGGUACACGGUGUGACCAUUGAGGAAGUUCAGAAUGCGCUUCGACGUAAUGACUGGAAUCCAUUCAGGGCUGAGCAGCAGCUAAAGACGGAGCAGCUGUAUUUCAUGAGCAUGUGCUCCCGUGAAGAGUGCAGAAGCAUCCUCUCCCAGCACCAGUGGGACCUGCAGCAGGCCAGCCGCUACUUGAUCAGACUGGCACGGGAGGGAGAAAGGGAGGGAGCGCCUGGCGGUGACAGACACAGAGUUUGACUGAGGCAGCGACGGGAGUGGAAACGUGGAAUAUUUUAAAUGAAGCAAGACGGCCUGCGAAGCACAGUGGAAGGAGCGGUGGACCGGCGACAGAGCUGUGAGUGACAGAUGCUCCCUGUCACAUGCAAGGAAAGGAAGCCGCACAUGACCAGUCUUUUAAUUCAGCUUGCAUCAAAUACCAUGAUGGACGCCCUCUCAAUUUCUCUUUGUGCUCAAAAUUGUAGUCCAGUGCCACAGCACUCAGCAACAGUGGCACUGCGAUGGAGCAGUGACGGACACAGGAGGAUGCUGGAGCUCUCCAUGCCACUUUAACCUCUUCCACAGCUCCAGGAAAAGGAUAUCUAUGAUUCUGUGCACAUGCAUCAGUUUCAGUUGCAUAUACAAAACACAGAUACUGGCCUUGCUAUUUAAAGUGUGUGCAGAAUACAGUAUGAAAUGGACACAAUGCAGUCCUGCCACAUUGUACACACAGUCACACUAUGAAUGGAAAUAUGACAGAACAAGCAUCUAAUGGAGAUCUGAAAUGAAAUAAUAGUUUGCAUUUAAUUUGCCAUCAUCACGGCCAUUCACUUUCAGACUAUGAAAGACAUUACAUUUACAGUUGUUUUUAGUAUAAAAUAAAUCUGCUUUUUGUUUUCAAUAAUGUUCUUGAGUAAAUUGUAUAUAGAUGAGGGACAUUUGUAUUUGGAGAAUAACACUAGCAUCAAAUUAGACUGAAUGGAUUCGAAGAUUUCGAGCUUGAUCUUUUUGACUAUUUGAAAGUGAGACUGACAAAAUAAUGGGAAUGGAUCAGCACACUAUGUGUUUUGGAGGCACAUCAAGGAAUUCCAUUGGUGAGUUCAUACCCACGUUUGUUGAGGAAGUACAGUGGGCUCCAGAAUUAUUGGCACCCUUAAUAAAAAUGGAUGAAAAAGGCAGCAUAUAAUAAUUAUUAUAAUGUUCUAUGUUCAAACGAUAUACUUUUAUUUCAAUACUUCACUCUCAUGUUUCAAUGUUUUUUAUUUAGUAAUCUCAUUUUUUCUGAAAACCACAGGUGCUGAAAUUCCUGGCUCCCAUAACAAUUAUUGUAAAUAAAAUGAAAGUGAAAUUGAUUAUAUUAACUCUCAGUUUAAAGGAACUAUAUUGUGUCAUUCCAGCACUUCCUGUUUCACUGGAGUAUAAAAAUGAGUGUGAAAGAUUGCUUUGUCAAUCAUCAGCAUGGGAAAAGCCGAAGAACUGUCAAUUCAGAAGACAGAUGGUAAUUGACCAUCACAAGUCUGGUAAUGGGAACAAAAAAAAAAGACAGUCGGUUAAACAUACCACUUAGCACUGUACGGGCAAUAAUUAAAAGGCAUAAAACAUAUAGAAUGGGGUGCAAAUUGACAGGAGAAGUACACAAGUGCACAUUAUCUCCACGGACAGUAAAGAAGGUGUUGAGGAAGGCCAUUAGUAACCCAAGGGUAACAGUUUGAGAUUGGUUGCAUCUUGGGGUUGCCAAGUCUCAAAAAGAACCAUAAAAUGGCACCUCCAUGCCAACAAACUCUUUGGAAUGGUGGCACAAAGACCCCUUACUUCAUUUUGACUGGAAGAGAGUGCUAUGGUCAGAUUAAAACAAAAUUGACUUAUUUGGUGGCAAAAAAGGAAUGCAUACAAGGAGAAGUACCCAUACCUACUGUCAAAUAUGAAGGUGGGUAAUUUAUAUUUUGAAGGGUUUUUUUUUUCCAGUGGUCCAAGGGCACUAUUUAAGAUCAGUGGCAGAACUAAUUAAACAAAGUACCAGCCAAUCUCGGCAGAAACUCUGCUUGCCUCUCCAAGGAAGCUGAGACAUGGUCGUAGAUAGAUUGUCCAGCAUGACAAUGACUCCAAACGUACAUCUACACAUAAAUAGUAAGUGAAAACAACAUCCAUGUUCUGCAAUGGCCACCUCAGUCUCCAGACUUAAGUCCCAUCAAUAACCUGUGGUCUAAACUGAAGAAGGGGGGUCCAACCAAGGAAUGGUCAAAAAUCCAUUAGUUCAAUAACCUUAUCACAAAUUACAAAAAAAGAAGAGUCAUGGCUGUUAUCUUUGCCAGAGGUAUUUGCACAAAGUAUUAAACCAGGGGUGCCAAUAAUUGCGGAAACCAAUUUUUUGUGGAAAUUCAUGUUUUAUUUGAAAAAUGUAAGACUGAUUAAUUCCAUUGAAUCAUUAAUGAAGCACACUACUGUACGGAUGUUGGAAAAUAAAACUUAUGUUCAUAACUUA